AUGGGUGGCAGCUGGACACCAGGUAUGGACGGCAUGGUGAUUGGAAUCGAAGGCAAUGGAGGAAUGCUCUUUGGAAUGGAAGGAAUGGUGGGCAAUGGGAUAGCUGGCAUCGGAGGCAACGUUGCAGUGGGCAUGGUUGGUAUAACAGGCACUGUAGGGAUUGCAGGCUUAGGCACAGAAGGCAUCGGGCCGGCCGGUAUGGGCGGUAUCGCAAGCUUUGGCAAAGGCAUGGUUGGCAUUGGAGGCAAAGAUGGCUUUGGCAGUGUCGGCAUGGAUGGUAUGACGGGCUUUGGCAGCGCAGGGAUCGAAGCUAGAUAUGUUGAAGGGAGUUCAGAAAACAAUCUUUUGGUUGGUGAUCAGCGGGGAAGGGGAGCUUUGUGUCCAAAUGGAGAUUCCAGUCCUUCAGAUGCUCCACUAUAA